UCAAUGAGUGCUCACAACACGCACUCGCACGGGCCAGGAAGCCGACUUUACGUUUCAACUUUCACAUAACUCGUACAAUUUUGCAUCAUCAAACAUGUAAGAUUACUAAUGGCUCUACCGGGUUUCAAUCUUCCAGGCCUAGGUAUUCGGUCAACCUCUACACCUCAAGUCACUGGUACCUCCGCGCCGGACGUAGAACAGCCAUCACGACGGGAGGAACUCGCCCCGCAGUCUGAAUGGCGCUUCGAAGCUGGCUUCAUUCAAAGUUACAGCGUCCGCUUGGUAAGCGGCCAUGCUGAGCUCUUCGGCGUCGAACUCGCUCAGAAUCAGACCCACAACCUAUCCGGUCUGAAAGGGGCUGUCUUCACCUGGCAAGGAUGCGAACUCGAAGUUAUCGGAGAAGCCGAGAGCGAGUAUUCCGCACAGGAGACUGAAUAUGCGACCGAAUGGAUUAACCUUCACGGCAUGCUCGAGUCCGCGAGAGAUGGCGCAUCCGAGGGUCCAAGGGUGCUCGUUGUAGGUCCUGACUCCACCGGUAAAAGCAGCAUGGUAAGGUCCUUAGCUGCAUGGGCGGUCAGGCAGGGCCGCGCACCUACUGUCGUGCACUUAGAUCCACGAGAAGGACUGUUGGCACCGCCAAGUAGUCUGACGGCGGUCACGAUCGUAUCGCAGAUGGAGGUCGACGGAUGGGGAAUCAGUCCGAUGACGGGACCGUCUCUGCAGCCGGUCAGGAGUCCGCUCGUCUACCAUUUUCCCUAUGCCACGCCUUCCGAGCGGCCCAACGCCUUCAAGGCCAUCGUGACGCGAUCGGCUCUGACAACCCUCAACAAACUGGAAGAGGACCCUUUAGCAAAGCAAAGCGGAAUCAUCAUCGAUACGCCGGGCGGCCUUAAUGACCCGAAAAGCAACUACGACAUGAUACAUCAUAUCAUUUCUGAGUUCUCCAUCAAUUUAGUAGUCGCACUUGGCUCGGAGCGACUCUACAAUGACCUCAACCGGCGCUACACUUCCAAGUCACCAGAGGAUGCCAUUGCUGUGCUGAAGCUCGCAAAGCCAGGUGGAGCAGUAGAGCGGGACAAUGCAUACAUGAAGCAACUCCGAGCCAGACAAGUACGACAGUACUUCUUCGGCAGUAAAGAGUCGCUCAACCCUCAUUCACACUCAAUACCUACCAACGACCUUACCAUCUACCGCGCGAAGCCAGCUUCAUCCGACGCCGCCCUUCCAUCUUUCGGUGCGGAAGACGAAGACGACUACGACCCAGCGGCUACGUCGACAUCGUCAUCCAACACUAUGUACGAAAAGGUUGCACCGAGUCUCGCAAUGACUGGCGCUCUAAUAGCGAUCAAGUUCUGUAGCUCCAAUAGCGAGGAAGCUACGAUCCGGGACAGUGCUAUUAUGGGCUAUUUGUACGUUGCGGACGUGGACGAAGCAAGGAAGAAAGUGAGGUUCCUUGCGCCGCAUCCACAACGAUGGGGUGAUAGAGCAUUAGUCUGGGGUACGUGGCCGGAGGCUGCUGCAGACCUUGUACGAUAGCAGGAGAUUAUAGCCUCCAUAUAUUGAGGUGUACUUCGUGACUCGUCCCAAAGGCACAGCGUCGUGGUGUUGUCGUUCCCUUCUCAAUCGCAUCUUCCCUCUGCACGUCCGUCUGAUUGUACCAUGCCUCCUCGCCCACG